AUGUCUGACGUCGUUGAAAAUACCAAAGAACAGCAACUCCUGGAACUUAAGGAUGCCGCUUCUAAGCGCCUGGCCUACAGAAACGAGCAAGAUACCAAGCGUAAAGCCUUGAAGCACGCCCGCUUCGAAGAAAUGAGAGAAGCUACACCAGAAUCUGGUGCUGAGGUCGAAUUGCCAAGGAAGCGUUUCUAUAGACAGAGAGCCCACUCCAACCCAUUCUCUGACCACAAGUUGGACUACCCAAAAACUCCAGAAGACAUGAACUGGAAGAAGUUGUAUCCAGGCUUCUACGAUGAAAAGACCGGGAAAAUGACCCAAAACGUUGAGAUCGCCGAUAUCGGCUGUGGUUUUGGUGGCUUAAUGGUGGAUUUGGCCCCACACUUUCCAGAAUCCAACAUUCUAGGGAUGGAAAUCAGAGUGCAAGUCACGCAGUAUGUGGAGGACAGAAUAACCGCCUUGAGAAGAAAACACGCAGAAGACGCCUGCAACUUCCAAAACAUUGCCGUCUUGAGAGGGAACGCUAUGAAGUUCUUGCCAAACUUCUUUCAGAAGGCCCAGUUAAAGAAGAUGUUCUUCUGCUUCCCAGAUCCACACUUCAAGCAGCGUAAGCACAAAGCCCGAAUCAUCACCAACACCUUGUUGUCCGAGUACGCCUACGUUUUGAGAGAGGGUGGUAUUGUCUACACCAUCACGGAUGUAUUUGACUUGCACCAGUGGAUGGCCAAGCACUUGGAGGAACACCCAUUGUUCGAAAGAUUGGACAAGGCCUGGGAAGAACAAGACGAGUGUGUCAAAAUCAUGUACAACGCCACCGAGGAGGGACAAAAGGUGGACCGCAACCAGGGGAGCAAGUUCAUUGCUUGUUUCAGAAGGAUUCCAAACCCGGAAUUGUAA